GUGAUGCUGGAGACUUGUUGCCACUUGCUCUAUUAUUAGGGGCAAACUCUGUCGAGGGAUACAUCAGAAUAUUCCAAUCCUCUAGAAGAUGACUGAUACGUGGAAGCAGCCUUUCCUUGAGCUCCAGAAGGUGUAUUACAUAGCUCUCUGUUCUCUCGGGAUUCCAGGGAACCUAUUUGCGAUCUACAUCAUCUGUUGCCGAGCAUGCGGUCUGUCUAAGACAACAACCAUCUACCUGGUGGCUCUGGCUGUGUCUGACACCCUGUGCCUGGUGUGGGCGGGCAUCCUCAACCUGACCAAGCUGUGGCAGGCUCCGGGCAGCAGCUGGGUCUACACUCACUGGUGGUGUACGUCUAUUGUGCUAGAGUACGCCACCAUCCUUCUCUCUGUGUGGAUCACCACUGCCUUCACCAUCGAGAGAUACCUGGUGCUGUUCAACAAGAGACUGCAGCUUCAGGUGGCCAAGCCCAGGAACACACUGUGGGCACUUGUGCUGACUGUCAUCCUCUCCCUUGCCUUGACAACCAUGGCCUUCAUGAUGAAUGUAUUUGCCAGGCACUCGCUGGCCGCCACUGUUUGGGUUUCGAGGAACUUUAGCAGCGGCCAGCGCAGGGAAUGUGGACCCUCCAACCGCACACGGAACCCGGCUACAAUCUGGCUGCACACGGUCAUCUCUGGUGGCGUUCCCUACCUCCUAAUCCUGGUGUUCAGUACGCUGAUAGCCUACAGGCUCCACAAAGGAACCAAGAUCCAUUCAGAAUCUGACAACGCUGCUUUCAAGACCACCAGGAUCAGAACCAGGAGGUCUGCCCACAUCAUGCUGGUGGUCUCCUUUGCUGCCGUGGCCCUGGGUUUGCCCAGGUUCAUCUCCGAGUGCCUGCCCAGCAGCUUAGACGGGCUGAACUACUUUGACUACAGUGUGGUGAGCAGCGUGGUCCCUGACAUUCUCUUCAUGCUUCAGUGGUUCAACUCAGCCAUCAACUUCUGGCUUUUCUGCUCAGCCUCGUCCGCCUUCCGGCAAGAGUGUUGGACCAUCCUCACCUUCACCAACUGCAGGAGGAAGCCCCCUGUCCAUGUGGCCACUCUGCCCAUCAACACCCUGAAGAGCGUGUACCGUCUAACCCAACUCAAGACCCAAACCCCACUUCAGCUGCCGAAGAACUGAGGCCAGUUCACCACCGG